GUAGCCUGGCAGCUAAGGCAUAUGACUUCUGUGUCCUGCAGGAAAUAAUGCAAAGCUUCAUUCGGUUCAAUGUGUUGACACAAUAUCUAAAUCACUCCCAGCAUUGUUAGCUGCAUCAUAUGUGCUUUAAAAACACUCUGGUUCUGCAUAUAAGACUUCACUUGUUAACAUGGUGACCUAACUGUGGCUGAAUCAUGAACUCAAAAAGCUGAAAUCAGCUGCUUCUCGUCACAUCGUUACUUCUCAGAAAAGUGAAGGUAUUGUUCCAGGAUUAAAAAGAACAAGAGGCACAAUGGCGUCAGACUCUCCACGCAGACCAAGUCGCUGUGCUGGAGGGGUUCUGGUGCGAGCACAAGCUGCUACGGAGCAGUCGUACAUGGAAAGUGUGGUGACCUUCCUGCAGGAUGUCGUCCCUCAGGCCUACACCGGAGCUCCAGUCACCGAUGAGAAGGAGAAGAUCAUUUGGGUUCGAUUUGAGAAAGCUGACAUCAACGACCCGUCCCGUAACCCAGAGUUCCUGGAGAUGCACAGCGGUACGACCGACCCUCCUCUCUGCCUCAUGAUCGGAUACACGGACGGGAUGCAGGUCUGGAGCGUCUCUUUGGCAGGGGAGGCCCAGGAGCUGUUCUCGGUACGCCACGGCCCUGUGCGAGCUGCUCGCAUCCUACCAGCUCCUCAUAUCAGCCCUCUGAAGACGGACAGUUUCGCCGACAAGAGGCCCCUCCUGGGGGUCUGCAAGAGCGCGGGGUCCUCCGGGACGAGCCCUCCUUACUGCUGUGCCGACCUGUAUUCUCUCAAGAGUGGAGAAAUGGUUAAAUCCAUUCAGUUCAAGACGCCAAUCUACGACCUCCACUGCAACAAACAUAUCCUUGCUGUGAGCCUGCAGGAGAAGAUCGCAGCGUUCGACAGCUGCACCUUCACCAAGAAGUUCUUUGUUACAAGCUGCUAUCCUUGCCCCGGGCCCAGCCUCAAUCCGAUAGCUCUGGGAAGCCGCUGGCUGGCUUAUGCUGAGAACAAGUUGAUCAGAUGUCACCAGUCUCGUGGAGGAGCUUGUGGUGACAAUGCACAGUCCUAUACAGCUACAGUGAUCAACGCUGCUAAAACUCUGAAGACGGGCCUGACGAUGGUGGGUAAAGUUGUCACCCAGCUUGCAGGCACCCUGCCAGCAGGCACGCCAGACGAGGAGGGAACCCCUCACAGCGCCAGCCGUCGGAGCCCCCACAACCCCGGCGUGGUCACCAUCAUCGACACGCACAGCGUCGGAGAAGGACAGGUCUUGGUGAGUGAGGACUCGGACGGAGAGGGAGUGGUGGCUCACUUCCCAGCUCAUGACAAACCCAUAUCCUGCAUGCAAUUCAACCCCAGUGGGAUGCUGCUGGUGACUGCCGACACUCUGGGCCACGAUUUCCACGUCUUCCAGGUCCUCACUCACCCGUGGGCGUCCUCGCAGAGUGCUGUUCACCAUCUCUACACACUGCACCGCGGGGAAACUGAAGCUAAGGUCCAGGACAUGUGUUUCAGCCAGGACAGUCGCUGGGUCGCCAUCAGCACCCUCCGAGGCACCACCCACGUAUUCCCCGUCAACCCCUACGGAGGUGCACCCUGCGCCCGCACUCACAUGUCCCCCCGCGUGGUCAACAGGAUGUCCCGCUUCCAGAAGAGCGCCGGCCUGGAGGAGAUCGAACAGGAGCUGAACAGGGCGGCUGCUUUGGGCGGAGGAACGGGAGGAGGAGGUGUCAUAGGAGGAGGUGGAUGCAUCCUGGGUGGAGCGGGAGGAAUUGGAGGUCGCUGUAGCCCCAUACCUGGCCUGUCCAGCAGCCCCUCGGGGUCUCCGCUGCACGCCAAGCUGAGCAGCCAGGACUCCUACAACAACUUCACCAACAACAACAUGGGGAACCCGCGUCUGUCCCCGCUGCCUAGCCUCACCGUGGUGCUGCCGCUGGCUCAGAUCAAACAGCCCAUGACUCUGGGCACCAUCACCAAACGCACCGGCAAAGCGAAGCCCCCGCCUCAGAUCUCCCCGAGCAAGUCCAGCGGAGGAGAGUUCUGCGUGGCCGCCAUCUUUGCCUCUUCUCGCUCCUGGUUCAUCACCAACCCCAACAUGAAGCGAGAGAAAGAUCAAUCCAGACAGUCUGUCGUGGACUCGUUGUACAUCCUGAGCUGCUACGGUAACCUGGUGGAACACGUCCUGGAGCCUCGGCCGCUCAGCACGGCUCAAAAGAUCAGCGACGACACACCUUUGGAGCUCAGCACCUGUCCCAGGGCCUGCUGGACUCUGGCCAGGACUCCACAGUGGAAUGAGCUGCAGCCGCCCUUCAACAACAACCACCCGCUGGUGCUGGCCUCAGACCUGGUGCAGUACUAUCAGUAUCUCCUGGCCGGUAUGCCCCCAGGAAGCCCAGGUCCAAUCACGCGUCACGAGUCGUCAGACAGCCUGGCGUCGGACCACAGCGGCCAGGAGGACGAGGAGUGGCUCUCUCAGGUGGAGAUUGUGACCCACACGGGGCCACACAGACGAUUGUGGAUGGGCCCCCAGUUUCAGUUUAAGACCAUCCACCCUUCAGGCCAGACCACCGUCAUCUCCUCCUCGUCCUCCGUGCUGCAGUCCCAGGGCCCCACCGACGUCCAGCAGCCUCUGUUGGACUUCGACACAGACGACCUGGACCUGCACAGCCUCAGGAUCCAGCCGGUGCGCUCGGAGCCCGUCAGCAUGCCCGGCUCGUCCCGUCUCGUGCCCGACCGUAGAGGACAGACCAACAUCAUGGACGCGGGAUCAGGUGCGUUUGACGGGCGCGGCGUGACCCUGCUGGAAGUCUGUGGAAGCUGGCCUGAGAGCUUCGGCAUCCCGCGACACAAUAUCGGGUCAGCCGACGCGACAGAUGAAGGGCUGCGGGAGAGACUGGCCGACGCCAUGUCCGAGUCCCCGUCCAGGGACAUAGUGGGAUCUGCUACAGAGCUGCAGAGGGAGGGCAGCAUCGAGACCCUCAGCAACAGCUCGGGUUCCACCAGCGGCAGCAUCCCGAGGAACUUUGAGGGUUACCGCUCGCCUCUGCCCACCAACGAGAGCCAGCCGCUCAGCCUCUUCCCCACCAACUUCCCCUGAGGAGCUCCACCUCCACCAGCACGGAUGGAGCCCACCUGACCCAUCUCCACCUCCCCCUCCUCAUACCUGUCUGCACCAACACUCUGAGCGUGUUAGACUGGAACCAAACUGUGUCUAGGAUUUGUGUUGUGUUCUCAGCUUCAUGCAGUCAGUGUUUGAUUCCUGGGUGGAUUUGAAGGCUGAUUUAUUUUAGAUAUAUGUUAAUCUGACCUUUUCACCCUGAUAAACAUGAAAAUAGUUUAAUGUAACCUUCAAAUUCCUCCCAUAUUUGUAUUAAAAUACCUUAACUAAGUGGUUUAAAACUAAGUUCCUUUAAAGUCAAAAGAUAUUUCAUCAGCUGCUCAGCGAGUAACCAAAUCUAAAGUCCAGAAAACAACAGUUUCCACAGAGAGUAUUUUCAUACAGGGGAACUUCCACUCCCGUCGAUGUCAGAUUUUUAAUAAUGGACCAGAAUCCGCCCUCUCUCCUUCACUCUGCCUGUUACCGUGUCAUCGUCAGAAACCAGCCGUCCUCUCCGUCUGCUGUUUCCUCCGCCCGCCAUCAUUCUUCUUCUUCUUCUGUGUGUUUGAAGUUUUACGGUGUGCCUAUUGUCUGAACGAGCCGUCAGAAAGGGAGCGCAGACGGAGGAGAAGUGUUUAUUCCAGUCAGUGACGUGUAGCAGCCCUGUGUGUGUGCGUGCAUGAGUGUGUGUGUGUGUGUGUGUGUGUGUGUGUGUGUGUGUGUGUGUGUGUGUGUGUGUGUGUGUGUUCGCUGCUUGCUAAAUGUUUUUGAUUAGCGUUGUUCCUGCUCUGCCUUUGAUUCGAUGCAGUAAUGAGAUGACACCAUGAGAAGGUUGAAUAAUUUACAUGUUUACGCUGUAAUCGAUUAAAUGAAUAUACGGACCCCAAACUUUGGCCUUGCAGAGAGUAAAUCUUAACCGAGCAGAGCAAUAGACUUAAAGCUGUAUUUUGUACAUUUGCAACUUUUGACCAAAACCUUUUCUCUGCUUCUCGUCGUAGAUCUCUAAAAUGUAUUUUCCUUAAAUGCUCGAGCUUUGCCCACUGAUAAUCAGAACCUCCUUUAUGAACACACUUUGCCUGUUAGCAGAACGUUUGACUCUGUGAAAUCUGAAACGCACUUUUUACAGAGUCACCUUAGAAGAAGCAUCGAAGGAGAAGUCUGGUGUUUUAAAUCUGGGUCCUUUUUGUGCGAGUAGGUGCAGAAGUUUUGGAAGUGCUCCUUGUUUUCUCUGAUGACGGGUUCAGAUUGUUACUCUGAGUGUCGGACGACGUGACAGAAAAUGAUCAACCUUUUUGGACUCUUACCAGUUAUUUCAACUCGCAGAUCUCAGGAGUCGCUGGUCUUGCUGCACUCUUUAAUCUUCAAUGAUCACAUUAAUAUGCAAUAUCAACAAUGCUAUGGCCUUUUCUCUCAUCACACCGGCUCACAUACUUUAUUAAGUGGAUGCAACAGUAGACCAACAACCCGUACAUCCUUUGGACUUACUUACAUUAAAGACAUGUUUGUGCAAAAUCAUUUUUAAGAAGCCAGAAAAGGACAUCCCAUCACGCUCUUCAAAGGUAGACCACUUUUUCAAAUAUAGUCAUUUCACCUUACAGAUCACAGGAGUUGUUAGUCUAACCUUCCACUUAUUGGCCAGUUUGGCGAGGCAGUGGUAGACCAACAACUCCUUGGUCUUUGGAUUAACUUACAUUAAAGACAUGGUGCUUUGAGUUAACGUUAAAGUCUACUUCACUCUCUUCAAAGCUUUACCUGCAUUUUCAAAAGCAGUCAUUUAACCUUGCUGAACAAGGGAGUUGUUGGUCUACCCUUCCUCUUACCAGCUACUGUGUGUGUUCAUGUGACUCCAUCACUGUUAAUGGUUUGUUCACGUAAAACACAAUGUUUGGAUAAGAGUAAAAACACUCGAAGGAAGUGGUAGACCAACAACUUCAAUAUAAUCUGGACUAAAGUAAAUGAGAGAGAUUAUCCUCUUUGGUUUUGGAGAAGAAAAGCUGCUGCUUCAUCACUCUCUUUAAACUAAUGCUACCUUAUAGAACACUUGAGUUGCUGGUCUACCCCUACUUUUAUUGGCUAGUUUGUUUGUUUGCUUAUUUGACUCCAUCACUGUUGAUGGUUUGUUCAUGUAUAACACAAAGUUUGGAUGAGAGUAAAAACACUUGAAGGAUAGGUAGACCAGCAACUCCUGCUCAUGUAAUUUAGACUAAACCACAAAGCUGGACCCCGGUUUUUAAAAAAAACAUUUAACUUUUCUGAACAAGGGAGUUGUUGGUCUACCUCUGCCUUUCUUGGCCAUUUUGUUUGUUUGAUUGUUACUUUAGUUUUUAAAUGAUGAGCUCAGAUAAAACACAAUAUUUGAAAUAACAAUUGAAGCAUUGGUAGACCAACAACUCCUUUGUUCAGAAAGUUAAAAUGACUGCUUUUCAAAAAGUGGAGUAUGAUGGUUUGAAGAGGUAGAUGUGAUGUCUGUUCCUGUUUUAAAAAAAACAUCACUCUCUUAAAUAAAAGGUCUAAACUAAAAAUAAAAAUGUGACCCUCUCAGGGACAAAAACAAGAACUUUAAGAGGAUGUGUUGAGUGUGUUUGCUCUGAAAAAUAACCUUGCAGCAGAGGAGCUGCUCAAACAUGUGUACCCAUUGUUAGUUCAGAGUCUUAAACGUGUAUAAAAAGGCUCAGAUUUAAAAUAAAUGCCAGACUUGUCCUUUACUGAUGAUCAUAGUGUACAAUCCCUCAUGUCUGAGUGUUGUCUGAUUGGCUGCAUGUCAUGUUGGCCUGUCUUUGCUCGGUCGCUGAGUCUGUUAGUUUGAACUGAGAGCAAACGCUUGUUGAUUUGUAAAACACUGACUUGUUUUUGCAGCGUUCAUGCAGAAAGAAGAAAAAACAUAAUAAAAGUAGAGGAAGUGAA